UUCCCUGAUCAACUUUCUUCAGUAAGCCGGAAAUUGCCACCCCGGCGAUGAGAAAGGGUAUCUUCCGGGGUGAUGGCUGCAAUUGGGACAUGGGCGUUCUCCUACCCCGCUGUGGGGGAAAUGAGGGACUUGAUUUUGUCAGGUCAACAUGCCACAGAUGUUGUAGAGAGAGCCAUGGCAGGGGUUGAAAAUGACAGGGAGACAGGGCAUCAUAUUGUGGGUCGAGGAGGAUUCCCAAACAGCAUUGGAGUGGUAGAAUGUGAUGCGGCAAUCAUGGAGGGCACCCCUGGAAGAUUUGGGGCUGUUGCUGCACUAAGAGGGGUGGCGACACCAUGUCAAGUGGCUCGCAAGGUGAUGGAGAGAAGCCCUCAUAGUCUGCUGGUAGGAGAGGGUGCUCUACAGUUUGCUGUGGAGCAGGGCAUCACAGUGGAGCCCAAUGACAAAAUGCUAAGCGACCGCUCUGCUGCUGCUUAUCAGGAAUUCCUUGAGAAGAAGAAAGGACUCAGUGGUCACGAUACAUUAGGACUUAUAGCCUUGGAUCUCAAGGGAAACAUAACAGUUGGGGUUUCCACAUCAGGAGCCCCCUUUAAAUCCCCAGGGAGAGUUGGGGACUCUCCGCUGCCAGGUUGUGGCCUUUUUGCAGACAGCACAGUUGGUGCAGCAGCAGCCACAGGAGAUGGUGAUAAAAUCAUGUGCUUCUGCCCAAGCUUCCACGUGGUGCAGUUGAUGAAACAGGGAUCAACCCCCAGAGAAGCUUGCCAUGCUGUUCUCACUGACAUCAUGAUGAAAACCAGCCAGGACAAAUGCUUUGAGAUUGGACUGAUUGCUUUGAACAUGAAGGGAGAGGUGGGGACAGCUUCUUCUGUUGAGUUCCCAUACACAUUUUGGAAUCAGUCAUAUGAAUCUGUACAGAAAUGCACACAGUCCUCGACCUCUUAGGCUUAAUUCAGAACCUGUUAUUAAAUGUUUUCCUUUA